CACGAGUUGAUGCAUGAUCCGGAUGUUGACUAGUAAUGCCUGAAGAAUAUACCACGCUGUCGGAAUGGACGCCGUGGACUUCUUCAGGAAGCUUGGCGCUGGAGCAAAAUUUGAUUUAAAGAGAUUUGGAAAAGAUGCCCAACGUUUUACGGUUGUGCGCUCCCAAGGAGAAGACUCGGCUGCUGAUCAGAUCUCGGCUAUCGACUAUUUCGGGAAAGGCUCAAGCAGCAAGACUGAACCCCAGGAUGCUGCUCCCUGUGAUGAGGUUGAGGGGGAGAGUGAAGUUGGAGAUAAAAGGAAAAGAAAGCCAGAACACCUGACUGUUAAGUCGAAGAAAAAGAGGGAUAUCAAGGUUGACACACAGGUAGUUGGUGGACCACAAGAAAGUAGUGGCUCUAAUGGAAUCAGCUGGACAACGUCUUCUGAAGGAAAACCCCAACAGCAGGAGGAUGGAACGAAGAGGGCCUCCUUGAAGAGACUUAAAGACCUCCAUAAUGAAAAGGUCAACCGCAUUCGUAAUCAGAACCGCAUAUACGUCCAUGGCACGGAUGUCCCUGAACCGGUGUGCACGUUUGAGGAACUGCAGACCGAGUACCGCCUGAACCCACGAAUUCUUCAGAAUCUCCAAGAAGCCGGCCUGAGCUCUCCGACGCCCAUCCAGAUGCAGGCGGUUCCCCUGAUGAUGCAUAACCGGGAGAUCCUGGCUUGCGCUCCAACGGGAUCAGGGAAGACGCUCGCCUUCUGUUUACCUCUGCUGGCUCACCUGAAGCAGCCUGCCAAUCAGGGCUUCAGGGCCAUCAUCAUCUCUCCCACCCGGGAGCUGGCUAGCCAGACCCACAGAGAGCUGGUUCGCCUGUCAGAUGGUCUUGGGUUCAGAGUUCACAUCAUCGACAAGGCCUCCCUAGCAGCCAAGAAAUACGGACCUCAGUCGAGUAAAAAAUACGAUAUCCUGGUGAGCACUCCGAAUCGACUGAUCUACCUUCUCAAAGAGGAUCCUCCGGGGCUCGACCUGACCAGGGUGGAGUGGCUGGUGGUGGAUGAGUCGGACAAGCUGUUUGAGGGCGGCAAGAGGGGCUUCCGGGAUCAGCUGGCCACCCUGUUCCUCGCCUGCUCCUGUCCUCGCGUGCGCAGGGCCUUCUUCAGCGCCACGUGCACGUCGGAGGUGGAGCAGUGGUGCCGGCUGAACCUCGACAACCUCGUCUCUGUCAACGUGGGCCAAAGGAACACGGCGGUGGAGUCGGUGGAGCAGGAGCUGCUGUUUGUGGGAACUGAGAACGGGAAGCUGCUGGCAGUGAGGGACCUCAUCAAAAAGGGUUUCAUGCCCCCCAUGCUAGUGUUUGUACAGUCAAUCGAUCGAGCGCGAGAACUCUUCCACGAGUUGGUCUACGAGGGCAUCAAUGUGGAUGUCAUCCAUGCUGAUCGCACACAGCAACAGAGGGACAAUGUGAUGAAGAGUUUCCGCUCAGGCGAUAUAUGGGUGCUGAUCUGCACUGCUAUCCUGGCUAGAGGAAUCGACUUCAAAGGAGUCAAUCUGGUUCUGAACUACGACUUCCCAACCAGCGCCGUGGAGUACAUCCACCGCAUCGGACGCACGGGUAGAGCCGGGCACACAGGGAAAGCGGUCACCUUUUUCACAGAGAAUGACAAGCCACUGCUGCGCAGCAUUGCCAACGUGAUCAAGCAGGCAGGCUGUCCCGUACCCGACUAUAUGAUGGGCCUGAAGAAGAUCAAAGGUAAACUGAGGAGGUGGCUCAAACAGAAACCCCCCCACAGAGCCACGAUCUCCACCACGCCACGCUCAAUGAUGCACAGAAACGACAAAGGACCAAAAAAGCAGCAGAAGAAGAAAUCCCAGCAGGCCGCUGGGAAGCCAGAGUCUGGGCCUCAGAGCGUCUCUAACACGAUGGGGGGCAAAGGUGGAGAGAAACGGGGAAAGAAGAAAAUGCAGAAAACAAACCAGCAGAUAUCUCAGAAAAAGGGGUCGAAGCCGAAGAUCUCCCCAAAGAAGCGAGGCAAGAAAACUAAAGAAGACGGAGGGACGGCUUGAUAUCUGAUCUGAUGACAGAACAAUGAACUUUUUAUUUUUCCGUCAUGCUACUGUUGUACUCUAUGGACCCUUUUGGAUUUUGAUUUGUAAUAAAUAAUUCUUAUGUCA